GUGCCACCCAGGAGUGAAGGAUGCUGCUCUGGGUGUUCUUCCUCGUGGUCCUUACCCUCAGCAGUGGCUCCCACUGCUCCCCACCCUCCCUGUCCCUCAGGAUGCGGCGGUACACAGAUGCCAUCUUUACCAACAGCUACCGGAAGGUGCUGGGCCAGCUGUCUGCCCGCAAGCUACUCCAGGACAUCAUGAGCAGGCAGCAGGGAGAGAAAAAUCAGGAACAAGAAGCAAGGGUGCGGCUUGGCCGUCAGGUGGAGAGCUUGUGGGCAGACCAAAAGAAGAUGGCACUGGAGAGCAUCCUGGUGGCCCUGCUGCAGAAGCACAGCAGGAAUUCCCAAGGAUGAAGAUUCUGCCUGUGCUUUAUGCUACCCGUAGCCAAAACACAGCUGAAUCCAGUUAAUCCUAUGAAUCUCUGACUACUUUUUCCUACGUAAAUAAAUAAAAUCCCCCCAUACUGGUCUGCAUUU